UCUCUCUCUCUCUCUCUCUCUCUCUAUCUAUUGCCGGCGCCCAAAGCCCUAAAAUCCCCUACGCCUGAUCCGUACACCUUCUCCUCUAUCCAACUAAAUUCAAUCAAAUUUCAAGGAAUUCUGGAUAAAUACCUUAUAAAGUUGGAGCUGUCCAUACAUAUCUAUUCAUAAUUUGAUUCAGAUUUGUCCUUCCUCAACUCUGUUGCUGUCUACUUGGGCUGGCUGAUGACUUCUGUUCUCAGGUUGUGUCUGGAGUAAUAAGGAUGGUGGUGCACCAUGAUGUUGUUGUAAAGGUGUCUGGUCUGCACAGAUUUAUCAUCUUUUGCUACAACUGAUUGGUUAAAUUUUGGGUUAAAUCACAUUUAAGCAAAUGGAUCGCUGUGACACUUCAGGAUUUGUUAGUGGGGGUGGGAUUUACUCACUCAACGACGUCUAACCCUAGUUUUGUGGCUUAUUGUCAUCUCCCGGAAGUCAGGUUGACUGCUCUAUUGCAAUUGAGAUUUGGUCUGCAUUUCAUUGUUUGAUUUCAGCUAUCGCUAGAUGGACACCAGGUUCUCAAAUUUGGGAUUUGCUGCUAAUUUUUCUUCAAAUGCAUUCAAAAUUUUGGGUGGCUCGAUGCAAGUUGGAGGAACUGGGGUUGCAUAUGGCACGGAUACUGUUCUACGUCUUGAUUUCCCUGGUUCUUCAAUCCCUUACAUGUCCACAUCAAAGGGAACCAAGCGGAAGUGGAGUUUGAUGGAUGGCUCCGUCAGUGAGCAAGUUGGGUCGUCAUUGUCUCUUGGGCUAGGCCGCUCCUCAAGUUCCUCAGACAGCAAGGGGAGUUCAACAACUGCUUGUACUACCACAUCUUCUGCCAAAGAAGCUGAUGAAGAAUCCUCAAUGGAUAUUGAGUUGGAUUUUACCCUCCAUCUUGGAAAUGAAAAGGUAAACAACCUCAAGAAACAUGCUAGUCCAAAUCUGAAAGGACUGGAGUUGCAACCAAAAGUUGACCUGGGGUUAAGUCUCUCCACUGGGCCUUCUGAAUCUGAUAUAACUAGUGUUCAUCUUAGCUCUUCUCCUAUUCAGUCGGGUAUGGAGAUGCCAAUAGCAGUUGAUGGUGCUCCAAAUGCAGAUGAAGGAUCGACUUCAUGUUGUUGGAAACCUAGGAUGGCUCUGCCUCCAUUGCAGAGUUUACCAGGAAAACAGACUAGCAUCUUCUUCAAGGAGGUUCCAAGAAGCAUUGAUCUUUCUCCCAUUGUUCCAGACCUCUCUUCAAGUGUGAUUACUACACCAAAAAGCUCAGUCACCUGCACUUCCGGGAUAACACGGCAACAACAGCCACAACAACGUAGCUCUAGUUCGAAGACAUGUCAGGUUGAGGGAUGUGGAAAGGGGGCCAGAGGUGCUUCUGGCCGUUGCAUAUCUCAUGGUGGUGGCAGGAGGUGUCAAAAACCUGGCUGCCAUAAGGGGGCAGAGGGCCGGACUGUGUACUGCAAGGCCCAUGGUGGUGGUCGGCGAUGUGAAUUUCUUGGUUGCACAAAGAGUGCAGAAGGUCGCACUGAUUUCUGUAUUGCCCAUGGUGGUGGUCGAAGAUGUAGUCAUGAGGGUUGCACUCGAGCUGCCAGAGGGAAAUCUGGACUAUGUAUACGUCAUGGUGGUGGGAAGAGAUGUCAAAAAGAAAAUUGUACGAAGAGUGCUGAAGGCCUCUCAGGACUCUGCAUCUCACAUGGAGGUGGCCGUCGGUGCCAAUUUUUGGGAUGCACAAAAGGGGCACAAGGGAGCACCAUGUUCUGCAAGGCACAUGGUGGUGGAAAACGAUGCACAUACCCAGACUGUACUAAGGGCGCUGAAGGGAGUACCCCUUUCUGUAAGGGUCAUGGAGGGGGGAAAAGAUGUGCAUUCCAAGGUGGUGGGGUUUGUACGAAGAGUGUGCACGGAGGAACCAACUUUUGUGUAGCACAUGGAGGAGGUAAGAGGUGUGCUGUGCCUGAAUGCACAAAGAGUGCUAGGGGACGUACUGAUUAUUGUGUUCGUCAUGGUGGAGGCAAGAGAUGCAAGUUUGAAGGGUGUGGCAAAAGUGCACAAGGUAGCACGGAUUUCUGCAAGGCACAUGGUGGAGGGAAGAGAUGCUCCUGGGGUCAUCCUGGAUCAGAAUAUGGCAAUCAACUUUCUGGUCCUUGUAACUCCUUUGCAAGGGGCAAGACAGGACUCUGUGCACUCCACAGUGGCCUGGUUCAGGAUAAGAGGGUUCAUGGGGGUGCAACACUUGGGCCUAUUGUCCAAGACCCCAAAGUUAGCAAGUCCGAGAAGAUGAAAGAGAUUGUCACUGCUGAGGACAUGAAUGUUGACAUCAUGAAAAUGGGGAGUGACAUGGAAGCGUCAGCAGGCAGAACUUGUUCUAGUUUGAAUCAGUAUGGGGUUCCAAAUGCUCAUAUCUCUGUUGGGGAACGAGGCUUCUCUGUUUUUGUUCCUGAAGGUAGGGUGCAUGGUGGGAGUCUGAUGGCAAUGCUAGCAGGCGGUUCUGGUCCUGGCUCAGGCGACAGUGAGGGUUUAGCUUGUGAUCCAUCAGAGCCAAGUAAAUCUUUUAUGGUGACCCAGAGCUGGAUGUAAGUUUAUUUCACGGCUAUUAUCAAAUUGGUCACGGAAGUUGGCCCAGUUUCACUGCUUGUUUGUGUCCUUUGUUUCUAGUUUGUUAGUCCGUAAGUGUUAGAAAGCUGUCGUUAUUCAUUGGUCUAGAUCGUGAGAACAAAAGAGCUUGAUUGCACGUGUCACGGUUUGGGGGAUCACUGAUCAAGUAGGAUGUAGCUAGCAAUGAAUCAGGUCUUUGUUCUUUCUUGUAGAUAUUUACGUAUGUCCAGCAGGUUGUUGUGAAUACAGGGUAGUGCCUGUAAGGCCAGUCAGUUGGUCAAACAGUAUGGUUUUAAUAAAGCUUUUAUUGGGACUGUAUUUA